AUGAUUGAAGGUAAUCGAGAACUGUCAGCUAUGAUUCAGGAACUUUGGGAUAAUGACAUAAAUCGUCUGAGACCUGGGAUUGAUUAUCGCAUUUCUCUGCAGGGCAAAGCAGGUGAUCGGGCGGGCUGCAGUGACGGCAAUGAUGCAGCGGGCUUACCUUUGUUUACAUUUGUUGAUGAAAACAUAUUCAAAAAGGAGACUUUCUUAGCCUUCAUCUCACUCCUGGACAAUUAUGAAAGUGAUACUGGUGAACCAGAGAUUGUCACACCAGAGGAAGAAUUGGAAAAUCACAAGUUCCUUGAUUCAGUUUUAAAGACCCCCACAAUGAAGAUUGCCCACAGAUAUCUAGUGGAGAAGCAUCUGUCUCCAGAGGACAUCACAGACUUUAAACAACAGCUGUAUCGCAUCUGGUUUGAACUGUAUGCCAGGAGAGGGUCCAGUAAACCGGACUCCUCUGGUUUUGAACAUGUCUUUGUGGGAGAGACCAGAGGAGGUCAUACUGUCAUUGGCUUCCAUAACUGGAUUCAGUUGUACUCGCAAGAGAAACUUGGACACAUCGACUACAAGGGAUACAGUGUGGAUGCAAAUUCACCCCAGCCGGAUGACAACAAACACAUGUUGGCACUUCAGUUUUGUUGGAAGAAUGGAAUUAAACCCAAAGGAAGCAUUUUCAUUGGUGUAAGCCCUGAGUUUGAGUUCGCUUUAUACACUCUGUGUUUCCUCACGUCACCGAACGAACGUGUUAAAGUCACCUUCAGCAUCUAUGAGGUGGAGAUAGUCUGUCACCACUACAACCAGAAGCACAUUGGCACCACCUAUCCUGUCCUUGUAAAAUAUCUCAAUGUGUCACCAAAGAAAGGGGUAGAUUAA